AACUGAGACUCAUGUACAUAUAAGGCCAAAGAAGACUAGAUGUCACAAGCUUAUCUAGAGCCUGCCGGUGUGCGUGGAAUGCGUGCCUGCUCCCUAAAAUGGACACCAGAGGCCCCACCGAAGAAAAACCUGUCCAGCGAUCAAAGUCUUUCAGCUUUAAGACUCAAAAGGAAGUCUGUACAACAUGUGAGAAGACUGUCUACCCAAUGGAGAGAUUAGUUGCCAACAACCUGGUCUUCCAUACAACAUGCUUCUGCUGCAAGCACUGCAAUGCCAAACUCAGCCUUGGCUCCUUUGCAGCUCUUCAAGGCGAAUUCUACUGCAAGCCCCACUUCCAACAGCUGUUCAAAAGCAAAGGCAACUAUGACGAGGGCUUUGGACGCAAACAGCACAAAGAGCUCUGGUCCGCCAAGGACUCAGAAAAUAUGACAAAGACGGCAUAAUCAUGUCUCCCCGUGCCCCCCCCCCCCCCCCCUCUGCCUCUUCCUUUGACUCCUCGUAACUAACACCUCCAGUACAUCACAAUGAACACAUCCCUCGUAUGCUGGGGAUCUGUUAAAUCACCCACACUCUCACUCGCUUUUUAAAUGCCAUCAGAACCGAUACAUGCACAAACAGCUAGGAAAAGACUGGCCAGUCUUAAUCCAUACCGCUUAAAAAUUUACUUUAGGGAUAUACUUUGGGUUUGCGAUUAUUGAUAUCUGUAUUUUCCUAAUUUUAUUUUCCAAUUUCCUCUAUGGAGUUGGUUGUUGAUUGUGACCAAAAACAUUCUCUGGUAUGGGGAGUAUUCCGAUAAUAAUAUUUUUUUAUUAUUUUUAAUGAUUUGCACCCAUUAAUUCUUAAAUAUAUGAAUUGUAUGCUCAGGCAAACAUAUCAGAGGGGUUACGGCGCAUCCAUGUUUUGCAGUUGAGCAUACACUCAGGUCAAUUUUCACCCACGGAUUUCAAACAAAUAGUAAACAUUUUGUCAUGUUAACAAAACAUAAAUCAAAAUAAUAGUCCUCGGUAUUGUGACUUUGCUGUGACAGUUUGGUCAGUUUGUCAGGUUUCAUAUAUUUGAGGAACAAACAGGGUACAGAGUACUGUAACAUAACCGCACACAUCAGCAACAGCUCACCUCUCGUUUUUAUUUCACUUAUUGUUCGCAUCAUCCCAUCGUUGGUUCUUAUCUUAAUGACCGAUUUGAGUCUUAUCGUUGCAUGUUGGUAUGACUGAGUCUUAAUAGCCUUAUCUUAUGACUGUAUCAAUCUUUUGUGUUGUGAAUGAUUUUGUCUCAUGAUGCAUAGCAGACCACUUUUUAACGUUUUUUAGAAAGCACUUGAGUUUGGAUUCCGAUGUCAUGGCAUAAGUCGAUCCUCUCUCAGCUUUUACCCUCGAGAUUCUUCUGGAACUCUCUAAUUGUGUUUUGUAUACUAUCUGUACAUAGAGCUGUAGUUCGUGAUUAGUGAACAUUCCCCGUCAUGCCGUACUCUAGUCUUGCACAUACGACCACGUGUGAUCACCAGACAAGGUUCUGGUAAUCGCAGGGAGACGUCGUCUGUGAACAUGCUUCACUUCAUCGUAUGAAACAUUUUAACAGGAGCUGUAAACGCAGUUAAAUUCAACUUCAAUUAUGGUUCUGUGCUACAAAUGUGGAUGUUGAUGGACGGAGCUUAAUCUCAGCAAGAAACCACACAGAUUCGUUCCUUUAUUACUUCACACUCAGUUCUUGGCAUCUUCUGAUGAGUUCCCCUCUUGCUGUAUUUGAGUGUGUUCCUAUAAUGUGCCAGUUUUUAAGGGGGAAAUAGACACGCCCACUUGAACAUCCAUUGUUAUUCGUUCCCCCCAGUCAUCCCCUUAAGCGUGAGCAGGUGUCCUUUUUAAAUAAAUGCCUUCCUGCUCUCAACUCAUGUCUUAUUAGCUAAAUACAUCUUAGCCCCUGGACCUAUUUCUUAAUAUUGAAUUUACAGUAGGUGGCUGAUGGAGGGUUCAUCACAGUUGGUUGUUGGUCCCCCGGAUGUGCUUCUUGCAAAACCCAGUGGAGAGCACCCCCUGCUGGAGAAAGUGCGACAGUAGUGUCUAGUGUAAGAGUAAGAAAAAUUACUUUGCCCAAGAAGUUCUCCACAGAGCCUUUAUUUGAUGUUUUUGAAUACGUUGCCUCAGCUCGCAGUGCAGCUACUGCACUCCAGACACUUUUGAUCGUAUUUAAUUGCAACACCUAAGAGAAAUUAAAUCCAGUUAGACAAGAUUUCCGCAACUCUUCUUUCAUUCGGUGCGAAGAAUGAGUCUAAAGCCAUUCAAAUAUCUCAUUUUACAAAAUGUCUGAAUAUCACUGAGACUUGACUGACACUUGAAUGACACAAAGUUCUUUUGUGACUGAAGGGUAACUGUGAAUUUAAGCAUGCUGUGCAGAAUAGAAAGCUAAACUUAACGGAUGGAUAUUUGCUACUUUUUUAAGAGAAGCCUUAGAAACAAAUAGCUGAUCUUACUGCUUUUUUUUUUUUUCAAUUGAGACCUUUUGAGUGCACAGACCUUUACAAAGAAAAAUCUCCUGAUUUUGCCUUUUCAGAAGCAGACCUGGUUACUCUUGAGUCCCACUCUUUAACAUAUAUUUACUUCACUUUACCAGCAUUCAUUUUUCCAAUCAAACCACUUUUUAUCCUCAUAUAAUGUACCCCAAUUAAAACCCUUCUGUGUGACAAUGUAAAUCUUAUAUUUUCCUCCUUUUUUUUUAUUUUAAACCGGUCCUCUGGAUCCCUGAGAAUGCUUUAAAAUUAAGAGUAUUGUAUCUAGAAAUGCUGUCUUUGUCAUUCUCCGUUAGCAGUUCGCCAAGGUACAGCUGCAAAAUCUGUGAAUUGCAACGUCUACAUGUAACAGAGCAGACACGGUACACUUUACACUGGUGCCAAGAGGCUCAGGUGAAUGAUUGCAGUGUAACGUUCUCAAUGUUAGAUCUGUGAAUCAUUUCAUUUUUGUGCUAAACUUGAUGUGGACUUACUUUUCAAUGCUGUUGUCAUCGAGACAUUUUAAAUGUAUGCAUCUUUGGAAAUGUAUUCUGUAUUACUGACUUGACCUGUGGAUUGAGGUGGCCUUACAGCAAAAGGACACUCGGACUGUGUUUGCUGUCUAUUCUCCUCUUUUCUCCCUUCUCUCUCUCUCUAUUGCUUAUUUGUGUAAUGGAACAUUUUCAAAUGUAAGCGCUUUCUGCGCCUAUAUACACAAUCAUUCUGUGCAUUUUCUUUCUUUUUUUUCUUUUUACAUGCUUUUGGAGAAAAAUAAAAAUGCUGGUGUUGAUUUAA